CCCGGAGCCGCGCGGCGCCGCCCGCUGUAGUUCGCCGCCUCUCAUGUCCAGGCUGGGACCCGGGCCCCGGCGCAGUGACGUGACCUCGGGCUAGAAGCCGCCGCCUUCCUCCCUUCUCAGCGAUGUAUUCAGUGUUCUCCUCCUGCACUUGCCUAUGUUUACACUUCCUGCUGCUGUGCUUACAGGUACAGGUGUUGGCAGCCGAGGAGAACGUGGAUUUCCGUAUCCAUGUGGAGAACCAGACGAGAGCUCGGGAUGAUGUGAGCAGGAAGCAACUGAGGCUGUACCAGCUGUACAGCCGGACAAGUGGGAAGCAUAUCCAGGUGUUGGGGCGGAGGAUUAGCGCCAAAGGGGAAGAUGGAGACAAAUAUGCCCAGCUUCUAGUGGAAACAGACACAUUUGGCAGUCAAGUCCGGAUCAAAGGCAAGGAGACAGAUUUCUACCUUUGCAUGAAUAGGAAAGGCAAACUUGUGGGGAAGCCUGAUGGCACCAGCAAAGAAUGUGUCUUCAUUGAGAAGGUCCUGGAGAAUAACUACACAGCAUUGAUGUCUGCCAAGUACACAGGCUGGUAUGUGGGCUUCACCAAGAAGGGCCGACCAAGGAAGGGCCCCAAGACUCGAGAGAAUCAGCAGGAUGUACACUUUAUGAAGCGCUACCCCAAGGGCCAGGCUGAGUUGCAGAAGCCCUUCAAGUAUACAACGGUGACCAAGCGGACAAGGCGAAUCCGGCCCACGCACCCUGGCUAGAGCAGCCGCCCUGCGACCCCCACCAGGAUGGUGCAACCAUAAACCACACACAGACACACACCGACACAGACACACACACAAAAAAACUGCAUCAGAGAAAUAUUUUUACAUUAAAAUAAGGAAGAAGUUCUAUUUUUGUACAUUGUGUUUAAAAGAAAAAAAAAACUGAACCCAAACGCUAGGGGAAGCGAUAAGGAUUUAUUGUUGACUUGAAACCACCCACAACAAAAGACUCUUACCUAACUUAAGUGGACUGGGUGCUCAUUUCUCUUUCGGAACAGACAACUUUAAGCUGGUCCCCAGAGAACUUUAUUAAAGGAACCAACAAGCAAGGGAAACCAAAGUCCUUUUUUUCCAAAGUUACUGGAAAAAAAAAAACACCCUCCACCCCCCCCAAAAAAAAACCAACUCCACAAAUCACCCUUCUUCUCUCCCCAUCCUUGUCCCACCCUUCCAUCAACAAAAAUCUCUGGUUUGCAGUCAUUUAUUUAUUGUCUGCUGCAAGCUGUACAGAGACAAGAUGGCGACACCGCGCGGGGAUGGCGUGUCCUUGGAGUUCUCAGCGCAUCGACCUUCUGACGACAGACGGCUCCGUCCUAGCUCCGUGACCCUGCAUCGCUCUCAGUUCUGGAGAAUGCUGCUAAUUACAUUCAUUGACUCAAAUGAUCUAGUACACCAAUGAUAAGGGAAUAUUUUAAAACCAGCUAUAUUAUAUAUAUAUUAUAUAUAUAUAAGCUAUUUAUUUCACCUCUCUGUAUAUUGCAGUUCCAUGAACCAAGUAUUACUGCCUCAACAAUUAAAAACAAACAAACAAAUUAUCUAAAACAACAUGGUGCUUGUGGCUGUGGGAAGCUUGGACUGGCCAAUCUUUUCUCAUUUUGUGACCUGUGCAGCACUUAGUUUGGUUACUUGUCCUGCUGCUUUGAUCUUUUCUUUGACCCCAGGCCUGAUCUCUCAAUUUACCAAGAUUCUGGAUCUUAGAAGGGAGCCUGGAGGGAGGAAGUGGGGCGGGGAGGGGAGUCUUUGGGUGUAUGUGAGGGAGAAGGAUUAAUUUCUCACAAAUUCUCCUGACAUCCCAUCUUCCCUCCUCUGUCUAUACACCCAUUUUACCCCCAGCCAUGGUAAUAAGGCUGCAAUAAGUUAGGGAAACUGAUAAUGUCCUGAAUAGCUGGAGUUCUGAACUCCUUGGAUAGAAUAGAAAAAUUAGAAUCCUGGCAAUUCA